AUGGGGACCUUCAUGGUGCCCAGUGCCCCCUCCAGACCCCUGGCUCUGCUCCCACCUCCAGAUGCCGAGAGGGCCCCGGGCUAUUGGAGCGAAGGGGCCAGGAGGAGGCUGGAGUCGGCCCUGGCAUUGCAGCCGGUGGCACAGCGAGCCAAAAACAUCAUCCUCUUCAUGGGUGACGGCAUGGGACUGUCCACCAUGUCGGCGGCUCGGAUCUACAAGGGGCAACUGGCCGGCAGCUCUGGUGAGGAGAGCGUCUUGGCCAUGGAGACCUUUCCCCAUGUGGCCCUGGCCAAGCUUGCCCGCGCCGCAGGCAAGUCGGUGGGCAUCGUGACGACGACGCGGGUGCAGCACGCGUCCCCCGGGGCAGCCUACGCCCACUCGGCCAGCCGGAGCUGGUACGCCGACACCAACAUGCCCAAGGAGGCACUGCGGGACGGCUGCAAGGACAUCGCCUACCAGCUGGUGCACAACACAGACAUCAAUGUGAUCCUGGGCGGCGGGCGGAUGUACAUGACCCCCAGGCGGACCCCAGACCCCGAGUACCCAGAGGACCCGGCUCAGAACGGCACCAGGAAGGACGGACUGGACUUGAUUGCUGAAUGGCUGAGAGCCAAGCAGGGCGCCCGCUAUGUCUGGGACAAGAAGGGCCUGGAUGCUAUCAAGGACGACUCCGUGAGCCACCUGAUGGCCCCUGCAGAGGACAAGGGCUACAGGCAGCAGGCAGCCGUGCCCCUGGAGACGGAGACCCACAGCGGGGAGGAUGUGGUGGUGCUGGCCCGGGGACCCAUGGCCCACCUCUUCCACGGCGUGCAGGAGCAGCACUACAUCGCCCACGCCAUGGCCUACGCCGCCUGCCUCAAGCCCUACGGCGCCGAGCCUGGGUGCAGGGCAGCCCGCAGGGCCUCCCAUGGCACCCAGUGCUCCCCACAGCCCCUGCUCACCCUCCUGGCUCUCUGCGUGGCUGCCCGCAUGGUGGGGGACUGA